AUGACCAAGGUCAAGGAUGCUGGUGUAGCCGGACUUGUUGCGUACGCGAUCUGGGAAUUCAUCUUCUGGGCGAUCAGUGUUCCAACAGCUAUCUUUGCUUACCAUCAAACUACCGGAGAGUGGCCCUCCUUUGACAACCCUGAGUCAACUGCCAAGGUCUCUGCUGUCAUCUUCGGCUUCCUCAACGUGGCUCGUGCGCUUGUUCCUGUUCGCAUCGCCAUCACUCUAGCUACCGCUCCUUUCGGUGAGUGCUCCCGAUGA